ACUUUGCAGAGGCAAGAAAGCCCCAGCAGGAUCAGAUACAGGAGAGGGGUUCUGUCACUGAAAUUCUUCAGAUUCAUAUAUGGACUCUUUUGGGCUUAGCUGAAGGGCAGAUUGCUUCAUUCAACAAUUUUAAACCCUGGACUCUACUGGUACUUCACUGGACUUUAUUUUGGACUGUACUGGACUCAGCUGGACUUUCUAGGGGACUCCACUGGACUGCAUUGGUUUCUAUUAGUUUUAUAUAGGAUCUGGUAAAAUCUGCUUUACUGUGGCAGUGGUGCUGACAGCUUGCUGAUGAAUGGAGUUUGACCGAUUCUGCACUAUAGGGCUAUUUUUCUAAGGGGUUGGGAAAUCCAAGGUAAAUUAAGGUAAUCCAAUGUCAGUUGUUGGUUUACUUGAUUCAAAUUAUUUCAAGUAAAAAAGGUAAAAAGGUCUAUUUGAGCAUAUAAAUUAUUUAAAUACACUAGUAUAGAAAAAAAAAGUUUGGUUUGGCAAGUUUCUGUUUUUUAAACUAAUUAAAGUAGGUGAAUUUAAAUCAGGUUUGUUUGGAUAGGAGGUCACAAAAAAUAUCCUUUAUUAGUCUAUUUAUUAUAACAGUAAGGUUGUGGUGCUCAUUUGAAUGUUGGCCUAGUUUAAACCUCAUGUCUUGGUGGAGGAUGCAAAAGACAAUCAGGAGCAGUAGCAGCUGCAGCAGCAUGAGUCUCCUGUGUGUCCUGUGGCUGCUGAUGGUCUGUCUGGCUCCUGGAAGUCGAGGCCAGAGGCUGAGGGAGAUGGAGGUGGAGCAGCCAGCAGCCAGGGCUCAGCUGGCAGAGAAAGACGCACUCUGCCACAAGGAUGGAUGCUACGCUGUCUUCCUCCAGAAGAGAACGUUCAGGGAGGCUGGGCGGAGCUGCCGGGAGCGAGGUGGGACACUGGCAACGAUGCAUACCGACGAGGCAGCGGGUGUGGUCCAUGAGCUGCUUUCGGCCAUCGAGGCACAAGGGACCAGGUCGAGGUUACGCCUCUGGAUUGGGCUACACAGACCACCACGGCAGUGUUCAUCCACCAGACCACUCAGAGGAUUCGUCUGGGUCACAGGAGACCAGGAUGGGCAGUUUAUCAACUGGCUCCGUGAAGACAGCCCCGGGACUUGUGCGGUCCCUCGCUGCGUGGCCAUUACCGUCCACACGUCUGAGAGUGGACGUGAGAGCAACGACAAUUUCCGAUGGCUCGACGGCUCCUGCGCCCUGGCUUUGGAUGGAUAUGUUUGCCAGUACAACUCCAAAGGAAUGUGUCCACCCCUGGAGGACGAGGGUAGCGGUCCAGCUGUUUACAACACGACAUUUCACCUUGUCAGCACCCUGCUGACUCACGUGCCCUAUGGGUCUGUAGCUGCUCUACCCUGCCCUGCAGACAGUUCAGGCCCACAUGACCCUGCUGUGCAGACGGUGCUGUGCAUGGAGAGAGAUGACGAGACAGUGGGCUGGUCAAGGGAUGCCCCCCUCUGCUCCUCCGGUGCAGCUCCACAGAACCAGGACUGGUGUAGCGGGGACCACGGAUGUGAGCAGUACUGUCAGAACACAGAGACAGACUACUACUGUUACUGCUCUGAGGGCUUUACGAUAGAUGAGGACGGGUACAGCUGCAAGCCUGACCCCCUGAGCCCAACUGACCCCCCUGAAUUAUCCUCCGACUCCGCCGGUCCCACUGACCAGCCCCACAUCAAAGAGAUCUGUGUGGAGAUGGGGUGUGAGUACGACUGUGUGGAGACACCUCGGGGCAUCCGCUGCACAUGCCCCCCCGGCUACCAAAUGGGUCCAGAUGGCCGCAAAUGUUCCGAUGUAGAUGAAUGCCAACAGCAACCAUGCCCUCAAGUCUGUGUCAACAUCCCAGGCACCUUCCACUGCACCUGCCACCCCGGGUACCAGCCAGAUGACGAGGGCGAGUGUGUGGACAUCGACGAGUGCCUCGAUGAGGGCAGCUGCGAAGGCGCUUGCGAGAACACAGUGGGGUCCUUCACAUGCCUGUGUAACUCCGGGUAUGAGCUGGGCAGUGGAGGAGAAUGUGUAGAUGUCGAUGAGUGUGUGGGGGAGUCACCCUGCCAGCAGCAGUGUCUCAACUACAUGGGAGGGUACCAGUGUUACUGUGACAAUGGCUAUGACCUUCAGCCAGAUGGACUUACCUGCCAGCCGUCGCCUGAAGAUGAAGAAUAUUCCACACUGACCCCUGACCCCAGUGACUCCGGACACAUACCUGACGUGGACCCUAACCAUGAUAUUCCCUGGUCCACCUUAUUCACCCCGGACCCGAACUUUGAAGCUGACACUAACUUUGACGUUGGCUGGCAGACAGAAGCCCCUGAGGGACUCUCCCCUGACAUGACUCAUGGGUCAGAUAAUCACCUGAACCAAUGGGAUGUCCUAUCCCCAAAGCGAUAUCAGACGGCCCCAUCCCCAACGCAAAAAGGCAACACAGGCAACGAAAUUGAUCACGAGGCUGAAGCUAAGGCAGGAGGUAAAGAAGCUAGUGAUGGGGUGGGAGCAGAGACUGCAAAUGGAUCAGCCACCGGGACUAGGGAUGGGGAGGUAUCCAAGACGGAUAGUACGGAGGAUGUCAGCAGCACAGUGGAUGUAGGGGCUGGAUCUGGUGCAGGUAAACGGAAGCAUGACAAGAGCUGGUUACUGGUGGCCCUGCUGGUGCCUCUGUGUGUGUUCCUCGUAGUGAUGCUGGCUCUCGGGAUCGUCUACUGCACCAGCUGUGCUGUGGACAAGAGCCUGAGCUUCUCAAACUGCUAUCGCUGGAUACUCCCUACAACGCCUCCUGACAGGAGGAACGGCAAAACCCAAGCAUGAACCUUAAAAUAAACAAACAUAGGUGCACCCACAUGCACACAGAUGUGUUGAAGUGAUAACAUUUGCCUUGUGGUGCAGGGCUGGUCACUGAAACUACCAUUUGGAUUUAGUACAGCUGACUGGCUCUCCCAAUCAUGAAGGAAAACGUAAUACUUUCUGUCGCACACCCUUUGUAAAUAAUUCACUUUCUCAUCAUGUUUUUAGAAUCCAAUAAAACCAAUAAACUGA